GUUUUUUUGUUUACCUUGUACAGUAAACUUACAUUCUGUCUUCACAUUUAUUACAACUUUUUCUGGGCCAUUGAAUUUGUAAAAGUUUAAGGAGGGACAAUUGGAAGAGCAACAGAGCAAUGGGAGGGGACUGAGAAGGAGGAGAGUGAAUUGGACCCAAACUGUAUAAGGAGCUGAAACAAACACUCACACUGAAGCGCCUACGGUAGCCGCUAACUGGACGGACUCUCUGGCAAUUGACCUUUUGCAGUGGAAUAGCGGAAUAAGUCUUGAACCAUGAGCUCAGUGGCUGUGUUGACCCCGGAGAGCUUUGCGGAACAUCGCAGUGGCCUCAAGGACCAUGAGAUUACAGGCUGCGUCCCAGAGGAUGAAGCCUACAUCCCCACUUACCUGGAAGCCUUCCCUCCGCUGCCGGAGAAGGGAGCGCCAGGAGAGAAGGCUGGGGAACCGGCUUCAGCAUGGGGCAGCAAGAUCAGGCCCAUUAAAGCUUCUAUCAUCACCCAGGUGUUUCACGUGCCCCUGGAGGAGCGUCGCUACAAGGACAACAGCCAGUUCGGGGAGGGUGAAGAGGCCAAAGUGUGCUUGGAAAUCAUGCAGAGGACGGGGGCCCAUAUUGAGCUAUCCCUGGCUAAAGACCAGGGCCUGUCCAUCAUGGUCACCGGCAAACUGGACUCUGUCAUGAAGGCUCGCAAGGAAAUUGUGGCUCGACUGCAGACGCAGGCCUCAGCUACAGUUGCCAUCCCCAAGGAGCACCAUCGCUUUGUUAUCGGUAAGAACGGUGAGAAGCUGCAGGAGCUGGAGCUGAAGACGGCCACGAAGAUCGCUAUUCCACGUCCUGACGACCCGAGCGGCAACAUCCGCAUCACUGGCACAAAGGAGGGCAUCGAAAAAGCUCGACAUGAGAUUCUUCUCAUCUCUGCCGAACAGGACAAGCGUGCGGUGGAGCGUCUGUCCCUGGAGAAGGCCUUUCACCCCUUCAUCGCUGGCGCCCACAACCGGCUUGUGCAGGAGCUGAGCCAGGAGACAGGCGCCCGCAUCAGCAUCCCUCCUCCCAGUCUGCCCAAGGACGAGAUUGUUAUCACCGGUGAAAAGGAGGCUGUCGCCCUAGCGGUCAACCGCAUUCGAGCCAUCUAUGAUGACAAGAAGAGGAAGACCACCACCAUUUCUGUAGAGGUGAAGAAGUCACAGCAUAAGUACAUCAUUGGUCCAAAGGGCAACACCCUGCAGGAGAUCCUUGAGACCACGGGCGUGUCAGUGGAGAUGCCUCCUCUGGACUCUGGCUCAGAGACAAUCAUCCUCAGAGGGGAGCCCGACAAGCUGGGACCAGCACUAACACAGGUCUACGCCAAGGCGAAGAGUGUGAUGGUGGUGGAGGUUACCGCUCCAGCAUGGCUACAUCGUUUCAUCAUUGGCAAAAAAGGACAGAACAUCGGGCGAAUCACACAGCAGCUACCGCGGGUUCACAUUGAAUUUACGGAUGGUGAGGAGCGCAUCAGUCUGGAGGGCCCGACAGAGGAGGUGGAGCUGGCUCAGGCUCAGAUACAGGAGAUCAUCAAGGACCUGCUGGUGAGGAUGGACUAUACUGAAGUCAUCAUAGACCAGCGAUUCCACAGACACCUCAUUGGAAAGAACGGAGCCAACAUAAAUCGGAUCAAGGAGCAGUACAAAGUGUCAGUACGAAUCCCCCAGGACUCCGAACGAAGUGGUCUGGUCCGAAUCGAAGGGGACCCAAAAGGAGUGCAGCUAGCACGCAGAGAACUCAUUGAGAUGGUCCAGAGGAUGGAAAACGAACGCACCAAAGACAUGAUAGUGGAGCAGAAGUUCCAUCGUACAAUAAUCGGCCAGAAGGGAGAAAAGAUCAAAGAAGUCAGAGAUAAAUUUCCUGAGGUCAUUAUCAAUUUCCCUGACCCGUCGCAGAAGAGUGACAUUGUCCAGCUGAGAGGGCCGAAGAACGAGGUGGAGAAAUGUGCCAAAUUCCUCCAGAAAAUCAUCGCUGACCUGAUUGAGAACAGCUUCUCACUCUCUGUUCCCAUCUUCAAGCAGUUUCACAAAAACAUCAUUGGUAAGGGUGGCGCCAACAUCAAAAAGAUCCGUGAAGAGACCAACACUAAGAUCGACCUCCCGACAGAGAACAGUAACUCAGAGAUGAUCGUCAUCACAGGCAAAAAGAGCAACUGUGAGGCGGCCAGAGAGCGAAUCCUCGCCAUCCAGAGAGAACUGGCAAACAUCAAAGAGGCGGAGGUCGCUAUCCCAGCCAAACUGCACAACUCUCUGAUUGGCUCCAAGGGCUGCCUUGUGCGCUCCAUCAUGGAGGACUGCGGUGGCGUCCACAUCCAUUUCCCCGCUGAAGGCUCUGGCUCAGACAAGGUCACAAUCAGAGGGCCAGCUGGAGAAGUGGAGAAGGCCAAGAAACAGCUGCUCCAGCUGGCAGAAGAAAAGCAAAUCAACAACUUCACAGCCGAGCUGCAGGCAAAACCGGAGUACCAUAAAUUCUUAAUUGGCCGCGGUGGGGCAAAUAUCCGCCGUGUGCGGGACAGGACGGGAGCCAGGAUUAUCUUUCCGUCACCAGAUGACACGGAGCAGGAGCUCAUCACCAUUGUGGGGAAGGAGGAGGCUGUUCGUCAGGCUCAGAAGGAGCUGGAAAAUCUGGUCAAAAACCUGGAUGAUGUGGUGGAGGACAGCAUGGUGGUGGACGUCCGCCACCACCGCCACUUUGUAUGUCGGAGAGGCCAGGUGCUGCGGGAGCUGGCCGAGGAGUACGGCGGCGUGGCUGUGAGCUUCCCUCGUACUGGAGCCAACAGUCAGCGGGUCACGCUGAAGGGAGCCAAAGACUGUGUGGAGGCUGCAAAGAAACGCAUCCAAGAGAUCAUCGAGGACCUGGAGUCUCAGGUGAGCGUGGAGGUUGCCAUCCCUCAGCGCUACCACCGCGCUGUGAUGGGGCCCAAAGGCUGCCGCAUACAGCACCUCACCAGGGAGCACGAGGUUCAAAUCAAGUUCCCAGAGAGAGACGACAGCGCUGCAGGUCAGGAGCCUCCACCACAAGAAAAUGGUGAAGUGAGUCCAGAGGCAGAGUUUGUUCCCCGCAAGUGUGACAUCAUCAUCAUCUCUGGGAGGGUAGAGAAGUGUGAGAUGGCCAAAACUGCCUUGCUGGCGCUGGUGCCCAUAACCGAGGACGUGGAGGUGUCUUAUGAGCUGCAUCGCUACAUCAUUGGUCAGAAGGGGAGUGGAAUCAGGAAGAUGAUGGAGGAGUAUGAGGUGAACAUCUGGGUGCCGCAGCCUGAGAAGCAGCUGGACGUGAUCAAGGUGACGGGGCUGGCGGCAAACGUGGAGCGAGCCAAACACGGUCUGCUGGAGCGGGUGAAAGAACUCCAGGCUGAGCAGGAGGACAGAGCUCUGCGCAGCUUCAAGGUGACCAUGUCUGUAGAUCCCAAGUUUCAUCCCAAGAUCAUCGGUCGUAAAGGAGCCGUGAUCUCCCAAAUCAGAAAAGACCACGACGUCAGCAUCCAGUUCCCCGACAAAGGAGACGAGCAGCAGGAUGUGAUCGUGAUCUCGGGGUACGAGCGAAACGUGGACGAGGCGCGUCAGUCCAUCCAGCAGCUGGUGGCUGAGUUACAGGAGAUGGUGAGCCAAGACGUUCACCUGGACCCGAGGACCCACGCUCGCAUCAUCGGAGCCCGCGGCAAAGCCAUCCGCAAACUGAUGGAGGAGUUCAAGGUGGAUAUCCGGUUUCCUCAGCCUGGUUCAGAUGAACCCGACAAAGUGACCGUGACGGGUCUUCCCGAGACUGUCGACAACGCCAUCGACCACCUGCUCAACCUGGAGGAAGAAUAUAUGCUCAGUGUGACGGAGACGGAGACGUUGGCCGCUUACAUGAAGCCCCCGUCUCGCUACGGAGGAGGAGCGGGCGGAGCGGACGACAGCAGUGGAGGUCCAGCUAAGGGCUUUGUGGUGCGGGACGCCCCCUGGAACGCAGCAGGGACCAAGGCUCCUGACAUGAGCAGCGCGGAGGAUUUCCCCACAUUCGGAACCAGCGUGGCCCCGAAACAAGCGUCAGCCUGGGGCCCCAAGAAGUUCUGAAGCUGCUCAUCCGGAGGAAAACAAAAACUUAUGUAAAGUAGAUGAUGAGAGACAAAUCUCUAAUGAAAUUGCUGCUCGCCUUCCUUUCCUCCCUUCCUUCCUUCCUCCCUCCCUCCGUAGUGAUCUCCCGUCUCUUUCUCUGUAAAACCACCUUGUUUCCAACCUCCCACAACCAGCCACAAUUAAUUUUUGGGAGAACUAUCCCUUUUUUUUGUCCUUAUCCGUCUCUCUUCUUGGUACCUCUAUGUCCCUCCUCCUUCUUCAGAGGAAGGAAAAAAAGAGAAAAGAACGUUGAAUGCUCCUUUCAUAGUUUUGCUGUUGCGCUCUCUGCCUCUCGGGUUUCACCACUCUUGCGGCUCUUGUUGAAUCAUUCAUAAAGAAAAACCCCCCCCACUAUUUUUCACCCCUGAAGAAUGCAAACAGUCAGCUGAUUAGAGUCGGUCUGACAUGUUGGAAUAUAUGGAGACAGAUGAAGGUGGAUGGAUGUAGGAGAUCUAAGGGCAGCAGCGGUGUGAGUUACUGUUUGAGAACAACAGCGUCCUUUAAGCUUCUUUUCCAGUGAUUUUUUUAUAACGAGGGUUUUUGUUGACUUCACCGUUAAUGUGGUGCAGCAGGUGAGGCAAUGAGCUGUGUGUAUGUAUGUAUGUGUGUGUGCGCGCGCGCGUGUGGGAUCAGGAGAAGUUUUUCACCCACAAGUGUUUGCAGAUCCCUUUUUUUUAAUUCAUUUGAGAGCGGAGACGGCUCCCGACGAGUCUGAAGAUGUUGAAGCGUGUUGUUUUGUAAUGAAGGUCGUUUUUCUCACACCUGUUUUUAUUUAUUUAAACCACAAAAGAAGGAGCCAUUUUAUUUGAACUACUGUGAAUCCUGCGUUUUUUAUAAAAGCACUCUCUGUAGCUAGAUGCUGACGACCUUGUGUUUGGGGCGUGAAUGUUGUACAUGCGGGUUUUAGAACAUGUUAUCUGUUAUGUGUACGUGUACAAAGGACUUUUCACUAUUUUUUUAAACUGUUUUGUUAGUUUCUGGCAUAUUUGGAAGACUGUAUGUUGUAGGUUUGUGUGUGAGUGAGUGAAAGUUAAGAUGUAUAGUUGAAUGAAGCGGAACCAAACUUU